AUGGUUCCUGGUGAACUUCAAACAACAGUUGAACUGGAUGAACCUGUGUUCGAUUCGGGUUUGGACUCGGACUCGGAAUCAGAAAGAGAUGUCCCAAAACUGGUGUUCUCCGGUACCAAAGAACCAGAAUCAAGUGAAGAAACGUUGUAUGAUAUUCCAAAUAAAAGGUUUGCAGUUGACAGUCUAGACAGUCUAGACUAUUCUAGAACCAACAAUGAUGAUCUUGACAAUGAAGUUGUAGUUGAUGAAGUGUCAGCAAUUGCUCAGCCAAAGAUACAGAAAUCCUCGAGUGUCGUAACCACUAAACUCAGUAUUUGGGGAUGGAUAGCGCUACUUUCUAUAAUAGGUGUGGCCAUUUAUGUUCUGGACAUAAUACAAAUGGGAAAAGAAAUUUCCAUACGGAACGCACUGGUUCCAAGCUCAUGGAUGUCUGAUCUUAGAAAGAGACAAGAUUUUUUAGAAGAAACAUUAACCUCAACUACAGAAGAUACCAAUAGAAGGUUUGGUCUUAUAAACAACAAGCUUUCAUCUACGCAAGAAUCUCUUGAACGAAUUGCUGAGAGCUUGAAGUCCCUUCAUGUGCCGAAUAUAACCAAAAACCACGUCCUCAACGAGACACUUGUCGGUGUUGAUGAGUUAAUGACAAACUUGGACAUGGAGAAAGUAAAGCAAGAGAUCCUUGAUCAAUUACUUGUGAAAUUACCUGUACGGUACGGUACACAUGACCAGAAACUCCAUUAUACCAAGGACUUUAGAAAGUUCAUUGAGGAAAUGGCUCGAAAUGUCCAUACAUAUCAGCCAGAAAUGGACCAGGAAACUCUUAAGCAAGUUGUUAAAGAUUACUUACAAGAUGAAAUACCGUCCAACCCCAAAAAUCUUAUUAUGGAUAGUGUGGUAGAUGCUAUUAAUGGACAACGUAUUAAAGUUAAUUAUGCUGAUUAUGGACUUGGGGCUCGAAUUUUGGGAUUUCUAACCAAUCUUAAUAUGGAUGAUACUUCGUACGGAAGUUCUUUAUUGCAUAUUGCUUCAUUAAAAUGGUUGUUUAAUGGGAAUUUUAAUAAGCAAAAUGCCAAUAAUGUGCUUUUAGAUGAUGAUUCAUCGUUCCUUGUUUCCAAUACCCUUGCCAUUAGGCUUAGUCAUGUGCUAUAUUUAAGUGACUUGAUUAUAAAUAUCAAAGCCCUGUCAUCAUCACCAUCUAAGACUGUUCAUCAAAUGGGGGUUUAUGUUAAACCAAAAAAAUUGAAGUAUUUCAAACAAUUAUUACCUCAUAAACUUCCCAAUCUCCCCAUUGAAUCCAAUAGGUAUUUAAAGAGAUUUAUCCCCAUUCAGACGUGUCGGCUUGCAAAUGGAAUUAAUAAAAUCAAACUACCUAGAAGUUUAACUCACUUGCAGAUUCCAAUUAGAGAUAUUUUUUUAACAUUUGAUUCUCCUGUUGAAAUAAUCAAUUUACGAGGCUUCGGACUUACCGAAUAUGAAGGAGAAGAAAACGUGGAAAUUGGUAAAGACGACAUGAUUAGUUGA